GCCAUUUCCUGUCUGCUAUAUAUUCCCAACGCGUGCAAGAUUAUUACAGAUAGCUCAUAUCGAUCUCCGAUAUUUCCCAUCGGAUUUCUCCCGUUUAGGUCAACAGAACCCUCACGUGCCGGAUUAAUAUUCAUCACCAUGUCUCACAGCUCUCCCAAAAAACAGAAAAUGGCGACCACGCUGGACCAUCUGAAGGAGUUCACCACGGUUGUGGCCGACACUGGGGAUUUCGACGCCAUUGGUCAGUACAAGCCGCAGGAUGCCACGACCAACCCCAGCCUGCUGCUGGCCGCCGCGGACAUGCCGCAGUACCAGAGUAUCGUGGACGACGCCAUUCAGUACGGACUCAAGAACGGCAAGACGAUCGAUGAACAGCUAACAGAGACCAUGGACAAGCUGUUUGUGAACUUUGGUGUGGAGAUUCUCAAGAUCAUUCCUGGCAGGGUCUCUACUGAGGUGGACGCCAGGUUGUCGUACGAUGUGGAGGGUUCCAUCGCGAAGGCACGGAAGUUUAUCAAACUGUACGAGCAGGCCGGCAUCAGUAAGGAGAGGAUCCUGAUCAAGCUCAGCUCCACCUGGGAGGGCAUCAAGGCUGGGGAACAACUGGAGGCAGAACACGGCAUCCACUGCAACAUGACCCUGCUGUUCUCCUUUGCACAGGCCGUGGCGUGUGCGGAGGCAGGCGUGACGCUGAUCUCACCGUUUGUCGGGCGGAUCCUGGACUGGUACAAGGCCAGCACGGGGAAAACUUCCUACGAGCCACAUGAUGACCCAGGUGUGAUCAGUGUCACUAAGAUCUACAACUACUACAAGAAGUUUGGGUACAAGACGAUCGUGAUGGGAGCUUCCUUCAGAAACACUGGGGAGAUCAAGGCUCUGGCUGGGUGUGACUUCCUCACUAUCAGCCCCAAACUCCUGGGAGAGCUGCAGAAAUCGGAUGAGGUGCUCAAGCGCCACCUGUCUGUGGAUCAAGCCCAGGCAGAAGAGCUUGAGAAGAUCACGCUGGAUGAGAAGACGUUCCGCUGGCUGCACAACGAGGACCAGAUGGCCGUGGAGAAGCUCUCAGACGGGAUUCGCAAGUUCGCGGCGGACGCCAUCAAGCUGGAGAACAAACUGAAACAGAAACUGCUGGCGGCUGCGAAUGGGGCUGAGAAGUAGAGCACACCAAGACAGAAAAACAUCAUAUCGUCAAAGAAAACCACUACUUAGAAAGGAAGAGAGGAAAACCCUCUAAAAGUAGUUUUGCUACCUUCAUUCUGAACAUUGUAGUCCAGCAAUUCUGCCUAGUACCAGUACCUUUUAUACAGUAAACAUAGUACGGUAAGUUUUUCACUAAGAUAAACCAAGGACAUUAUACAUAGUGUAUAAUGUCCUUGGAUAAACCAACAAACAAUAUUAUACAACCUUGGGAGAUGCUAGGAAUGGUAAAAAAAAUAACUUUGGGAAAAUAAGACAGUACAAAAAGGUGGAGGGAUGCAGGCAUAAGAAAUAGACAUGUAGUUAUCGCUAUUCUAAAGAACUUACUUAAUGUGCCACUAUUGUCUUAGAUCCAAAAAGUAUUAUAACAGAGAUCUAGAUAUGAAAUAUGUGUAAGAAUUGUGAUGUCUUCCUGUACUGGGUAACACAUAUAUGUAUUUCCCAUUUCACAAUGGUUAAAAUCAUACCGGUAUGUACUGUAAUCAAUUGGGUCAUUUUAAUACCAAUAUGUGUUGCCCAGCCCCAGAAAGAGUAUAAUAAUUGAUAUGAUUCAGAUAAUGGUAUCAUGCAUAAGAGAUGGUAAAAUGAGCGAUAUUGUUGAAGAUUAUUUUUGAUGGAAAUAAAGUCUUUCUCUCUUGCACUCCA